CCCGACAACUAACGAACGGCCCUUAAAAGACGUAAGGAGCAACACUAGCCUAAAGGGAAAACUUUCAAGCUAAGCUAAGCUAAGCUAACGUAGCUUUUCUUUACUCCUCUCCGGCUCAUCUGUUGCCAUCCAGCUGACUUUACACCACAGAGUUACAGUCCUAUGAAUCCUGUCAGGCAGCUCCUCCUCUCAGUGUGUGCGUGUGUGUGUACAGGCAGACUGGGACCUCUUCACCACUCAGACUGGCUGUUAACACUUGGCACAAACCGCUGACAGACUGAUGGUCCCAGGUCGCCGAGCAACGGUUGCUAACAACUCAGGCUUCCGUUAGCUUGCUGCGCGUCCUGACAGGUGACACUGCGUUUUCACUUUUUGAACUUUAAACUGACGGCAUUACUUUACUUUUAAUUUUUAUCCAAUGAAGACCAGCAUAACCAUGCCUCGAGGAAGAUCUGCCACGAGUGCCCGCUCAGACAGCAGUGAAUUGGAUAUUGAUGGUACAGCAGAAUCAGAAAUAGCCAAACUACAGAGACAGUUCAGGAUCAUGGAAGGAGAUCGACAGGCCUACAGCAUUCAAGCUCGGGAGCAGAUCCGCAAACAACAGCAGGAGAUAGAGAACCUGCUGAAGGAGCAGAAGGAGCUGCAUCGAAACCUUGGUGCAUGUAAGAGCGUGUCACGCCAACAGCAGGACAGUGAGGACACCCGGAGUCUUCGUGCUCUGCUGGAGCAGAGAGACAUGAUAGAGGAAGAGCUGGACAAAGAGAGGCAGUGUCAAAAAGAGCUGGAGAAAGAGAUCGCAAACAUGGAGAUGAAGCUGGCAGGGCUGAGGAAAGGGGAGAUCAGUACUGGUGAUCGACAAAAGUCUGAGUUAGGACGGACUCAGAAAGCCAUACGCACUUUGGAAUACAAACUGAACAGAGCUUUGACUCGCUUCAAUGAGCAGCUGACCAAAAACAGCCACCUGAGGGAGGAGAUGCAGAUUCUUCAUAUUGAGCGUGCCCGCUUCCUGCAACUACACAACAGGCUGGACAAGGAACUGCAAGAUGUCCGCAAGAAGAUCGGGGAAAUUGUCAACCUGUCCACUGCUGCUUACGAUGCCAGAGUGGAGGCUCAGUCCAAAAUGACAAUGAUGAAGGAGAAGGCAGUGAAGGACCUCGCUCAGUACAAUGCUGAGAUGAAGGAACUGGAAAGGGUUAUUGCUCAUGAGUGCAGCCUGAAAGAGUUUAUGACCACCAAGUGCAGCGAGCGGAGCGGGCAGGAUGAUGGCCAUGAGAUGGGACACCGACAGCUGUCAGCACUGAAGGAGCAGAGGAGGAUGGACUCAGGGGAAGAGUCGCUGGAUGCUCUAGAGGAGGUGUUCAAUAAGAUCCAGACUGUGACAGGAGAGGACAACCUGGACCUGCUGGUCACCAGGUUCAUCCAGGUUGAAGACCGGAACUUUGCACUCUUCAACUUUGUAAAUGAGCAGAACAAUGAGGCUGAGGCACUGAGGGAUCAAAUCAGCCAGAUACAAGCAGAGAUUGAGCAGUUUCGAGUGGCAGGUUUACAACAGGAGCAAAACCAUCGCUCUCUGCUGAGAGACAUUGAUGAGCAACAAAAGGCAGCUGAGUCUCAAGCUGAGGACUAUGAAAACCAAGCCAGCAUCAUAAGCAAAAUCCUGGAAGAGAUCAGAACAGGAGUGAACAGCAUCUUCUCCAAAAUGGAGUGUGACAGCUCAGUGAUAGAGGAUAAUCUGGGCUCCUCUUCAGGGGUCAGUGAGAACAACAUCAUGUCCUACCUGGGUCUGGUGGAACAGAAGACCAACGAGCUGCUCACCAUACAAGCUUUCCUCAAUUCUAAAGAUCUGGAAAAGGACUACAAUCCAAAAGACCUGGCCAAAUUCCUUUUGGGUCAAAAUCCAGAUCUGCUUCAGCAGAACGUUACAAUCCAACCUACAAUCAGCAGUGUGGAGUAUGAUGCAGAAGAGUCUCCGGUCACUGAUGAGGAAGAAUGGCCACUUUCACAGGAAGAACUCCGCAGAAGAAUAUUAAAAGGGGUUCUGCAGAAAGAGAGUUCAGUCCGGCAGGCAGCAACCAAAACCUCAAAGACCAGUCAGCAGGUUGACGGCAGACAGCGCUCGCUGGAAGAUGCACUAAUCUGACACCCUGACCUGAUCUGUGUAGUUCAUGUGCACGUCUUUAUAAAAAGAUCCUCAUCAUCUGCAGUUAAAGAGCCUGCAUUCAUUGUUUACACUAAUAUAGAUCAAUGGGAGCCAUGACUGCUGAUGGAACAAGCCUGAUUGGCUGUUUUAAUACGUAGCAGCCUGCACAUGUAAACAUUUAAAGCUUAAUUAUGUUAUGUGUGUGUCACCUUUUAUGAUGAAUCAUUGGCAUGGUCUGUUAUAUCUCGGUGUGAUUUGUUUAGUUGGAACUAAUUAGGUUUGGAGCUAUAAAGAUGCCUUUUCAGAUUCUGGUAA